GCGCUAAACCCCGGAGAGCGGAGCGUGCACGUUGAGAUUCCUCGCGGGCCUGGCAGCGGUGCUGGGCAUGCUCAGUGGGCCGGACCCGUUAGAGUGGCGAGUAAGGAAGCGUUGGCUCUCCGGGUCUGCCUUCCCCGGUUCAGGCCCCGGCCCUGCUUUGUGUGCGCGGAGCUGCAGCCGCCGCUGCCGCCUCGCCCGGCCACCGGACCCCAUGUCGGGACUCGGGUGGAAGGAAGUACUGCCAAGCAGGGGCUUUGAGUGGCCUCCCAGCUCUUUUGUCAGUGUUUGCAUUGUUACUGUCAUGCAGGGACAGCUGGAGAUGGCAUCAGCACUUUUCCUGAGCAGCCUCUCCACAGUCUCUAGUCGCUCUAGGCAGUGUGGUGCUGAGGAUCGAACCCGGGCCGCACGCAUGCCAGGACCGCAGCUGAAUGCACAGCUAGAAGGUUGGCUUUCACAAGUACAGUCGACAAAAAGACCUGCUAGAGCCAUUAUUGCACCCCAUGCAGGAUAUACGUACUGUGGAUCUUGUGCUGCCCAUGCUUACAAACAAGUGGAUCCAUCUAUUACCCGGAGAAUUUUCAUCCUUGGGCCUUCUCAUCAUGUGCCCCUCUCUCGAUGUGCACUUUCCAGUGUGGAUAUAUAUAGGACACCUCUAUAUGACCUUCGUAUUGACCAAAAGAUUUACGGAGAGCUAUGGAAGACAGGAAUGUUUGAACGCAUGACUCUACAGACAGAUGAAGAUGAACACAGUAUUGAAAUGCAUUUGCCUUAUACAGCUAAAGCCAUGGAAAGCCAUAAGGAUGAGUUUACCAUUAUUCCUGUACUGGUUGGAGCUCUGAGUGAGUCAAAAGAACAGGAAUUCGGAAAACUCUUCAGUAAAUAUCUAGCGGAUCCUAGUAAUCUCUUUGUGGUUUCUUCUGAUUUCUGCCAUUGGGGUCAAAGGUUCCGUUACAGUUACUAUGAUGAAUCCCAGGGGGAGAUUUAUAGAUCCAUUGAACAUCUAGAUAAAAUGGGAAUGAGUAUUAUAGAACAAUUAGAUCCUGUAUCUUUUAGCAAUUACUUGAAGAAAUACCAUAAUACUAUAUGUGGAAGACAUCCCAUUGGGGUGUUAUUAAAUGCUAUCACAGAGCUCCAGAAGAAUGGAAUGAAUAUGAGCUUUUCCUUUUUGAAUUAUGCCCAGUCAAGCCAGUGUAGAAACUGGCAAGACAGUUCCGUGAGUUAUGCAGCUGGAGCACUCACAGUCCACUGAAGCUCUGAAUCCUCAGGGAUGCCACCUGCACAUACUCAUACUCUGUCUGGGGUCCCAGCCUAGCCUCUACCAAGAUAUUGGUUCUGGUUUGGGGGGGGAUUCUGAAACCUCAAACUAAUAGAACUUUCUUCUCUUUUCUAGUAGGUGUAGUCCUUCUUAAUUUCAGUUCAUUAAAAAAUGCUUUAUAGUUUUGGGCAGUGGAAGGAAGGCUGGCAUCAAAAAUAUUUUGAUUAUAAAAGGUGACAAUGUAAGGCCCAGUUGUGGCAGACAGAUUUUUGAAAGUAACUUGUAAAGCAUUUACCAUAUCCUAAAUUUGCACUCUUUGCAGACUUGUGCACAUAUAUUCCGCUUUCAGAAUAGUUUUGCAAAUUGUACACAAACAAACAAAAAGGGGUGGAAGCUUUUUAAUAAAGAAAUUGCAUUUAUAAAUGAUCUGUAUUAGAAUAUAAUAAAUCUCCAGUUAUAGACAAUUACUACCCAUAUUGUACAACAGAUACCUUCUAUUUUAGUUGCUAAUAAAGGGCUACACAACUCAAAAUAGUCUGAUUUAAACUUAUUGCUCUGUGGUAUAUGAAAAUUGUUUUUUAUUAAUUCCAUCUCAGAAUUGUUAAAUAUGGUAAUCCCCAGCUCUUAUGUAAAAAUAUAUUAGGAUGUAUUUUAUAUUUUACAUAUUUAUGUGAUAUUUUUUAAAUCACAGAAAUGAGAGUUAUAUAAUUUUAAAGUUAACUUUUAAAAUUACAUUCAUUUGUCUUUUUGUGUGUGACAUCCCUUUAUGUCAUUACUAUAUUGUAAUAGAAAAUAAUUCCACGAUUGGUGAAAGAACAUACCUGUAGUCCUUUACUUCAAAGAUCAUGUUUGACAGUCUGCAAAUGAGGAAACAUUGAAGAGUGGUGUUAGUGAUUUUCAAAUCAUUGCAGACCAUACACUGCUAUACUUUUGUAGUGUUUUAAUCAAUUUGACCCUUUUACUUGAAUUUUUAGUAAGAAAUUAUUAACAAUAUCAAUAAUAACAACAAAAACCCACUGGACUUAAACUUUUACAAUUUUUGUUGUUAUAAUUUUUGGUGCGGUUCUUCCAACUAAAAUUAUGGUAUGGUGUUGUAUUUCUUUCUUUUAACACAGACAAAUUCUAGAUACUUUAAGGAAAAAAAAAGUAAUUUAUUCACUCACUGAAAAAAAAAAUUUAGCUACCAUUCAUGUUCUAUAUUAUACUUAUUUUAGCACAACAUUGGGUAUCCACAUUAUAUUGCAGAGUGCUUAUAUCUUCAAUGUUAUGCCAAAAUAUAGCAAUUUUAGAUUCCUUGCACCAAUUGUACUUAAAGAUUUGCAUUCUCAUUUAUUAAAUAUCAACUCCCUAAACUCAGGAAUGAAAUAAAAUACCAUUACCUUUUGGAUUCAAAAUUACGCACCUAUAUAUGUGUAGAAAUUGUAGUUUUCCACAUUAGUGAUUUGUUUUUCAUUAUUUAGAUAUACUUUUGAGAACCAUAAAUAUUUAUUUUUUGUUUAAUAUACAUUUUAAAAGUUUCCAAAUUGAGUACAGAAUGAUUUUUUAAAAGAAUGUUUUCUGAAUAUCAUAGAAACACAUAAGCAUUUUAGAAAAUUUGGAAAAUAUUGAGAAGUGUAAAGAAAAGGAAAUAUAAUCUGUAAUUUUACGGCCCAGAGAUAAUACUGUUAAUAUUUUUCUGUGUUUUCUUUUAGUAUUUGUCUAUGCUAUUUACAUGUAUGAAUGUGUAUAUAUGUGUUUGUAUGGGUGUAUAAUAACAAAAUUAAGAUAUUGCUGACCAUAUAGUUGUUUACUCUGUUUUUUAUAGCCUAACAUCAUAUCAUAAGCACCUACUCCUGUCUUUGUAAAUGGUUUUUUAAAAAUGGAUGGCUACUAUUCUGUUGUGUUCUAUGAAAAUGCUAUAACCAGUUCUCUCUUUGGGUGUUAGGUUGUUUCUAAUCUUUCACAAUUUUAUAGUGGGAUGGACAUCCUUAUGUAUAAAAUUCAAGUUCUAUAUUAGACUUGGUCUCUAGGAUAUAGUUAUAGGAAUAGAAUAAAUAGUUUACAUAGUAAUAACUUCUUAGACUUUUUAAAACAUUGCCAAAUUACCCUUCAGAAAGAUUGUACCAAAUUAGCAGCAUUGGGUACCCAUUGUGGUGCCCCUUCACAAACAUAAUUUUUUUGAUCUUUGACAAUUUGUAAAGAGACUAAUUGGAUGUUUCUUCAAUUUUAUUUUAUAUUAUUUUACUAAAAAUUGCUUCCUAGUUGAUCAUUUACUCUUCUGUACUUUUAUAGUUGAUUGAUUUUAAAAAAGACAAGAGGAUUGCUGAGGUUGAGUGGCGUUAACAGUCCUGCACUUUUAAAACUAGAAUAUUUCAAUCUUACUCUACCCUUUUGUGGAACAUGAGCAUAUCUUUUCUAUCUAAUUAUGAAGUAGAAGGAAUUCCAAACUGAUAGUUGAAUGUUGGGUUUUAGUUUCGUCUCUGCCCCUCGUUAGCUUUCUCAACUAUUUCAUGUCACAUUGGAAUUUUCACAUCUGUAAAACAUGGAGGUGUCUCAAAAUACUUUGAUGUUGUUAUUUCAUUUUUUAAUAGAUUCUGGUGUCAUAUAUGUUAAAUAGCUACAUGAUUGAAUUAGAUCAGAGGAAUUAUCUUUUGACUUCAACUCUAUGUAGGUGAAAAUGAAAAUCUUGUUAUUUAACUUAAAAGGGAAAUUAAUUUGCAUUAUUUAAUGCAGUUAAUAUUACCUAAAUUGUUGAUCUUAAGCUUUCCUAUUUUAAGUGCCUUUAAAAAUUUUUUUAUAUUUCAAAUUUAAGAUGUAAAGGAAAUUAUUAGUAGUUCUGUACAGUUGCUUCUUUAUUAUGUAUUUUUGAGUUGUUGGCAGCAGCUUUUUUUUUAACCAUAAAUUUCACAGAGCAGAAUAUUCAUGGAUUCUUUACUGUCCCACUAGUGGGUCCUUGAGAAAUAUAUGUUAAAGAUUAGGUCAGUAAUCAGGUAAGUGCUCAGUCUUGGGUGAUGUUAAAUCUUGUACAGAGUAGAAUAAAGAACUAGCCAGAUGUUCUCGUGUUUACAUUUACAUAUUUUAAUGUGAAUAUUGGUUUCCUGAACUAGUUAAUAGUUAUUGUUCUAGAUCUCAAAUUUUGCCUUGGAAGCAAAUAGUUCAUUCCCCUAGAUUAGGGGUUGGCAGAUGUUUCCUGUGAAGGAUCAGAUAAUAAAUAUUUUAGGCUUCACAGGCUCUAUGGUCUCUAGGUACAACUCUUCUCCUUUGCCAUUGUAGUACAAAAUUUGUAGUGCAAAACUAGCCAUAGACAAAGUGUAGUCAAACAAAUGUGAAUAUAUUUUAAUAAAACUUUAUUUACAUAAUAAUGGUGCACAGGAUUGGCCUGCAGACCAUAAUUUGCUGCCUGUUGUCCUAGAUUGUAGUUUGUUUGUUGUUCAAAGUUAGCUAAAAAUCGAAACUACAACAAGUGAUUUUAAGUUUAUUCUUUUCAACCAUGUCUUGAGUUGAUGCAGUCUAAUUGGAUUUGAGUGUUAUGAUCACAAAGGCAAAUGGAACCCAGUAUUGAAAACUAGGUCUUUAUUUGCUGAAAUCCAUUGAGUUUACUUUGCUGACAUAUUAAUCAAAAGGAAGGAUCAGUGGAGAUUGUUACAAAUUCUUUAUUUUUUAUUUUGGUUCUGGGGGUUGAACCCAGUACUUGUGCAUGAUAAAGUACAUGUACUACUGAUGAGCUACAUCCUUAACCUGUUGCAAAUUCUUUAAAUUAUUUUAAGUUUUGGCUACCUAGAUAAUAACAAAGGAUAGAUCAAAUGUACCUUUUGAUCUACCUGAGUAUUUUAGGACACUAGACCAAUAUUUUUUUAAAAACUAUGAAAUGUGAGAGUUUAUUUUGUUAUAUGGACUUUUGGAAAAAUAACUACUAUCUUCUAUCAUUUUAUUUAAACAAUGACCCCCAUCCCCCCACCCCUCACACUAUUAAGGAAUGUCUUAAACUCAGAAUAAAGGAGAGUACUUUAACUUGAAUAACGUUAAGUUGAUAAAAACAAUUACUACAUUGUUACCUUCUCAUUUAUUCAGUAUCACUGCGAGGAAAACACAUACCUCAUCAAGUGAUAGUAUCUAGUAUAUAAAGUGGCACCUGGGAAUAGCUGUGAUAUAGUUGUUGAAAAACCUAAUGUAGUUGUAAAGUGUUAACAGUCAUAAGUCACAUGCAUACUGCUGUUUAGACUAAAAAUUGCAUCCUAUUAGGUUAAAUUGUAAGUGCCACAUAGUAAGAGGACCACUAUGAACUGGAGUGUCAGUACAGAGGCAACCAAAAUGAUGAAGGCCUAUGUGAAGAGUAGGAUGUAGUUGAAGAAAUUUGUGAUAUUUAUUUUGGAGAAGAUAAGUUUAAGGAGAGGGGGAUUUCUUUAGAUGUUUCAAUGAUAGUCAAAUAUAAGAGGAAUAGAAUCAUUGUGUUUUAUAGAUAGAAAAUUAGGAGUAAAAAAUAAUGGUUUCUGGUUCCGCAUAUAAUGUACUAUAUGAGGCUUUCUAGUAAUGAAAAUUGGCUCUGUCCUCAUAAACCAUUGGAAAUAUUCAGACAAAAGCUUAGGUGAGUGAUUCUCAAAGUAGAAUUCUCAAAGUAGAACUAAUAAAACUUCAAUAUCACCUGAAGAUAUUUUAUAGAUGCUUAUAACUUUAAUAAUUACUAUUAUAUAUCACUGAGCUAAUGAAAUUAGUACAAAUAAAAUGGAAUUUACCAGGGGUUGGGGUUGUGGCUCAGUGGUAGUGCGCUUGCCUAGCAUGUGUGAGGCACUGGAUUCGAUCCUCAGCUUCACAUUUAAAAAAAAUAAAUAAAGGUAUCGUGUCCAUCUACAACUAAUAAAGAAAUGAUUUUUUUAAAAAUAAAAUUUAUCUCUUGUAUAAAACUUAAAUUAUUUUUAAAUAAAAAUAAUUUUAAUUACUUAUCACUAACUUUGAACAGAUUAUAAGUUGAAAAGAUGAUUAUCACUUGAUGGUAGAGCCUUACAUCAAUUAGUUCAUUUGUUUUAGUUAAAACAUUUAGAUAGAAAACAAAGUUCUGGCUAUUUUCUAAUAUAAAUUUAAAUUGAUCUUUGAAUAAGUGGCUACUUUCUUAAACAGGUGCUUCUUCAGUCUAAGACACAGCCAUAUCAGUAGCAGAAAAGGGUGCUGAAAAAAGUAACUGUUUUUGUGUCUUGAUGUCAGAAUAUUUGGAGGAAAACCAAAAUCAGCUGGCAGAUAAAGUUUUUCCUGUUGUUUUUCUGUUACUCUCAGCACACAACCUGCAUGUAUGACUGAGUGGUGUAUGGCAUGCCAUCAUUAGUGACCAUGCUUCACAUUCUUAUAGAUGCUCCCUCAGGUAAUAGUGAUAACUGAGACCUCUGCCUCCUUAAGGUUGCUAUUUUGGGUGGAUUUUUUUUGCUUGUCUUAUCUCUACAAGUUCAUUACUACUAUGUGAAGAACUUUAUAGUGUUUCAGAUUUGUCAUUUAUUCCAGGGUUUUCUGUGGAUUCCAGAGUGGUUUAACCUAGAUGUAUUAGAUUAUUCUUCAUGUGUGGAUGUGCAGAGGUAUGCUUGCACAUUCAGAGUUUUGGUCAUCACACUAUGAAAAUAAUGGGGAAAAAAAGCCAGUUUUUUUGAAAGCCAUAAUAUAAUGCAAUUGGUUUCUUAUUAUAAAUUGUAAAUGAUGUUCAAGUGCACACUUCAUACUGCAAAGUAAAGUUUGUAACUAUUUGACGUAGUCAUAUUUCCCUGUCAUCCUAAUAAUGAAACCAAAGUGAAUAUACAUGGGCCAUUAUUUAAAAAAAAAAAAAAAAGCUACUAAAGGCCAAA